AUGUCCAACAAAUCAAUUACUGAGUUCUUACUCCAAGCUUUCACAGAAAGGCAGCAGCUGCAGCUCCUGUGCUUCUGGCUCUUCCUGGGCAUCUACCUGGCUGCCCUCCUGGGCAAUGGACUCAUCAUCACCACUGUAGCCUGCAACCACCACCUCCACACCCCCAGGUACUUCUUGCUCCUCAACAUCUCCCUCUUUGAACUGGGCUGCAUCUCCACCACUGUCCCCAAAGCCAUGGACAACUCCCUCUGGGACACCAAGGCAAUCUCUUACUUGGGAUGUGCUGCCCAAGUCUUUCAGCUUGUCUUUUUCAUUUCAGCAGAGUAUUGUCUUCUCACAGUCAUGGCCUACGACUGCUACGUUGCCAUCUGCCAACCCCUGCACUACGGGACCCUCCUGGGCAGCAGAGCUUGUGCCCACAUGGCAGCAGCUGCCUGGGGCAGUGGGUUUCUCCCUGCUGUGCUGCACACGGCCAAUACAUUUUCACUGCCACUCUGCCAGGGCAAUGCUCUGGGCCAGUUCUUCUGUGAAGUACCCCAGAUCCUCAAGCUCUUCUGCUCACACUCCUACCUCAGGAAAGUUUGGCUUCUUGUGAUUAGUGCCUGUUUAGCAUUUGUUUGUUUUGUUUCCAUUGUUCUGUCCUAUGUGCAGAUCUUCAGGGCUGUGCUGAGGAUCCCCUCUGAGCAGGGACAACACACUUUUUCUACAUGCCUUCUUCACCUGGCUGUGGUCUCCCUGUUUAUUAGCACAAGUAUGUUUGCCUACCUGAAGCCUCCCUCCAUCUCCUCUGCAUCCCUUGACCUAGUGGUGUCAUUUCUGUACUCAGUGGUACCUCGAGCAGUGAACCCCCUCAUCUACAGCAUGAGGAACCAGGAGCUCAAGGCUGCUGUAAGGAAACUCCUCUCUGAUUGCUUUUCAGAAACAGUAGUGAACUGCCUAUCUCUUUUUGCACAUCACUCAUAA